CUGCCUCUGCCUGCCCCAUCGCGGAUCGUGAUGGUAUGAUGAUGACAUUUUUUUUUUUUUUCAAAUUUUGAUUUCGAUAUUGUUUGUUACAGGCCCAAGAAGACCAAAGCAUGGAUGACUCCGAAAGUUCAGAUUCAGAAGUGGACUUCGACACGCUCUUCGCGCCUGACGAUUACGAGCCUUAUAUCCUGCAGCGUAAGAACGAUCGCUUUGGACUCGGUUACUCUGGUCUAAGCAGGCAUUCAGUGCUUGGUAACUUAGUUGGUGAAUAUGGAAGUGAACCAGGGUCUUCUAAAAGCCAUUUAGUUAUGAAAGAUAAAGGGAAACGGGUAUCUAUACGCGGCCAAGCGUUCGGUGUGGGCGCGUUUGAGGCAGACGAUGAAGAUAUAUACGCUAGAGAAGAUAUGUCGCAUUAUGACUUCUCCUUAGACGACCCCGUACAUACCAAGAAGAAUACGACGGGUAAAGAUGCUCAGAAGAACCGCAACGUUUUAGAAGGGUUCGUGAAAUCUACAAAGCCAUUACCAUCAGUACCUACAUACCCGCCGCCCGCACUACCUCGCGACUAUAUACCGGCGGCGGCCGGAGCGAGGCGGUCCAGGUUCGAACCCACUACACAACAACCUAGAGAUCAAGGUCUAGGUCGCCACGAAUUAUCAGCUAGAGCAAGAGGUGAAUUACUAGGAGAAACACCGGUACCCCCACCUCCACCAGAACCUCCCGUAAAAGACCAAAUAGACCAAAGAGACCUAUCUACAGUACUUGGAAAGACCAUAAACUUCGUCUCCACAGUCGAAAAGACCGAAUUAGACUACAUACCUAUAAAGGACUCAGGAAAAGAAAUCACAAAAGUAUUCAAGCCCUUCAUAGGAAAUCCUGAAAAACAGAAACGAUAUGAUAAAUAUUUAGAGAACAAAGGAAUGUUAGAAAGAGAUGGCGAUAUGGAUAAAUUACAGGAGUGGGAAAGAGAGAGGGAGUUGGUCGAGUUUGAACAGGCUGCCAAGUUGUAUAAGCCUUUGAGUGGCGUUAUGGGUGAUCGCUUCACCCACGCCUCCGAGCCGGACGAUGCGGUGAAUCCAUUGACGGCCGUCGCUAAAAGCUCCAGUACGUAUGGUCUAGCCACAAAGGAACAGAUCGAGGCUGCCCAGAAAGGCGUGUAUGGAGUUAUGACACGACAGACCACCACUUGGAGACCAGACCCGCUUGUUAGUAAGCGGUUUAAUGUCCCUGAAAUUGGUGGCGCUAGGCAACAAGAGAAAAAAGAAGAUCGACCAAAAGUCUCUUACUCAGUAUUCUCGUACUUGGAGUCUUCGGUCCACGACAAAGAUAGCUUCGCAGCAGAGCAGAGCAAGUUCAGUGGCUCCAAAUCAUUAACAACUAAUAUCCUACCGAAGAAUGAUCAAAAAGCUAAUGAAAUACCACAAAUUAGUACCCAAAAUAAUGACCCCACAGUCCCAAGUACUGAUAAUAUAGUAAAACCUACUACAAGUGCUUCAAUAUCAAAAGAAACUACAUUAGGUUUCGCCAAAAGAAUGACUGUAGCAGAGCUCUUCUUGAAAGAAUCGGAAAAUACCAAAAAAGAAGGGGCUGAAGUGACAGAUACUAUACAAAAAUUUGAUAGAAUGGACCUUUACAAGUCCAUUUUUCUAAGCGAUACUGAAGAUGAAGAAGAUAAUGAAAAAAGUAAAGAAAAUGAUGGAACGGACUUCAUAGAUGUGCCCAAAAACGUUGAGAGGAACAUGUCGCCUCCUCGAGGGAUAUUCGCGAAUAUAGAUUUCGAUGAAAUCAACUCUUGGAGGCGGAAAGAACCGGAAAAAGUUCCCGAAGCAUCUACUAAAAAGGACGAGAGCAUUAAUGAUGUUAGCAAAAAGGUUGAUAAACCUGAAGAGAAAAAUGAUGAUGAAGCCAUGUAUGGACCGAAGAUACCAGAAAAUUUACAAAAACGACUAGAAUCUGAAGUCCAAAAAGAUAAUUUGAAAGAAACUAUAGAUGUAGACUCCUCAUCAAGCGAAGAUUCCUGGGUCGAUAUCAAAGAAGUAAAGAAUAAAAAACAGAAAAAGAAAAAAUCUAAAAAACAUAAAUCUAAGCAUAAGAAGAAAUCUAAAAGUAAAAAGAAAGACAAGUAAGAUAAUAAUAUGUAGAUGCAUUAAAUACCUAUUUAGGUAUAUAGGCACAACAACGUUAACAUUAACCUAAUCCUAAAUCAUUAUAAUACAUUAUCUAGUAAAAUAAAACAAAUCUAUAAUUAACGA